AUGUGGAAGAGAAUCGAUCAUCAGCCCAAGAUCAAAGCAGGGGAUGGACCUCAGGAGAGCCAGUUCAAGGAACUGAGUUCAGCUCGGGAACCUGCCAUGCCACACCCUCGAGAGCUGUCAGAAUCCCAGAGCUUCCUGGUUUUUGAGGACAUUAGCCAUCACAUCAAAGAAGUGGGGGCCCAACUGGUAAAGAAAGUCAAUGCCAUCUUUCAGCUGGACAUCACCAAAGAUGGUAAGAUCAUUCUGCUGACCAUUGAUCUGAAGAAUGGUUCUGGGGACAUGUAUCCAGGAUCUGCCAGGCUCCCAGCAGACACUGUCUUCACUAUCCCGGAACCUGUCUUUAUGGAGUUGGUUUUGGAAAUGAACCCUCAGAAGGCUUUCCUUGCCGGCAAGUUCAAAGUGAGCGGCAAAGUUCUGCUUGCCAGAAGCUGGAGGAGUUUCAAAGACUGGGCUAAAUUUUAA